AUGGCUAACGCGCGGACUUUCAUGGGCAAUGCUCUUCGAACAGCAGCUCACCUAGGCCACCAAGAGGUUGUAAAGGUUUUCCCGGACAAUGUAUUUGACAUCACGGCGCGAGUCAGGCCGUUUGCAGACGCUUUAGGGCUUGCUAUCCGGAAUUCCAAACUGGACACCGCUAUUUAUUGCUUCGGAGGGGGUGCCGCGAUUGCUCACCUUGAGCCUAAAGUCUGGCUCAGGCUGCGGGACCUGAUCUAUGGGAGCAUAGCUUUGAUCACCACAGGGGUUUAA